UUUUAUUGCAAAACAGUUAAAUUAACAAACCUAGUCAACCCAUUGAAUCCAACACACAAUUUGAAUCGAAAUGUUCCUGGUAGUGCACUAGUGUAAUCGGACUCUGGAGCUGUUACUGCAGAGUGUUGAGAGGCCAGCUGAUUACGUCUGCUAAAAUUUUUGGAUACAUCAUUUAAGCUUCAGCAAUGCUCAGGAGAUUAAUACUAACGCUGAUCGUGAGCUUGAUCGCGGUUACGUGCAGCAGUUUCUCGCCGGACAGUCAUACCAGUCCGCGAGUUUUGGUUCUGCUCGACGAUUUUGGUAUCAAAUCGUCCCACUCUCUCUACUUUAAGGCCUUAGAAAAUCGGGGAUACAAUCUCGAAUUCAAGCUUGCCAGGGAUCCAAAGAUCGCCUUGCAAAGAUACGGCCAGUAUUUAUACGAAGCUUUGAUUCUCUUCUCCCCUUCCGUUGACCGAUUUGGAGGGAAUGUUGAUGCUGCAGCAAUAUUGAAUUUUGUGGAUUCUGGUCGUGAUUUGAUACUGGCAGCUGAUGUUUUUGCAUCUGAUCUUAUCCGUGAAAUAGCUACUGAGUGUGGCGUAGAUUUUGAUGAGGACAAUUUGAAUCGAAAUGUUCCUGGUAGUGCACUAGUGUAAUCGGACUCUGGAGCUGUGACUGCAGAGUGUUGAGAGGCCAGCUGAUUACGUCUGCUAAAAUCCUUGGAUACAUCAGUUAAGCUUCAGCAAUGCUCAGGAGAUUAAUACUAACGCUGAUCGUGAGCUUGAUCGCGGUUACGUGCAGCAGUUUCUCGCCGGACAGUCAUACCAGUCCGCGAGUUUUGGUUCUGCUCGACGAUUUUGGUAUCAAAUCGUCCCACUCUCUCUACUUUAAGGCCUUAGAAAAUCGGGGAUACAAUCUCGAAUUCAAGCUUGCCAGGGAUCCAAAGAUCGCCUUGCAAAGAUACGGCCAGUAUUUAUACGAAGCUUUGAUUCUCUUCUCCCCUUCCGUUGACCGAUUUGGAGGGAAUGUUGAUGCUGCAGCAAUAUUGAAUUUUGUGGAUUCUGGUCGUGAUUUGAUACUGGCAGCUGAUGUUUUUGCAUCUGAUCUUAUCCGUGAAAUAGCUACUGAGUGUGGCGUAGAUUUUGAUGAGGACCCUGCAGCUUCAGUGAUUGAUCACAAAAGCUAUGCAGUUUCUGACACAGAUGGGGAUCAUACGUUGAUUGCUGCCUCUAAUUUCAUUCAAUCUGAAGUUAUUCUAGGAAGCAAAACAAUUGAGGUGCCAGUACUUUUUCAAGGGAUUGCUCAUUCUGUAAAUCCUACGAAUGGCUUGGUUUUAAAGGUUUUAUCAGCAUCACCAGCAGCAUAUUCAGCCAAUCCAGGGUCGAAGUUGUCAAACCCACCAACGCUCACUGGUUCUGCAAUCUCUCUUGUUUCAGUUGUCCAGGCUAGAAAUAAUGCUCGGAUUCUGAUAGCAGGCUCUUUAAGCAUGUUUAGCAAUCGAUUCUUUAGAUCUGGGGUUCAGAAAGCUGGAAACCCAACUCGGCAUGAUAAAUCUGGGAAUGAACAGUUUCUAACUGAAAUUAGCAAGUGGGUCUUCCAUGAAAGAGGGCAUCUCAAGGCUGUAAAUGUUAGACAUCAUAAUGUUGGUCAAGCAGAUGAACCUUCUAUGUACAGGAUCAGCGAUGACACGGAAUUCUCUGUUGAGAUUUAUGAAUGGUCUGGAACAAGCUGGGAACCAUAUGUAGCAGACGAUGUCCAAGUACAGUUUUACAUGAUGAGUCCCUACGUUUUAAAAACCUUGUCAACCAACCAACAGGGUCUCUACCAUACUUCCUUCAAGGUCCCAGAUGUUUAUGGUGUAUUCCAGUUUAAGGUUGAAUACGAAAGGUUGGGAUACACAAGUUUAAGCCUUUCAAAGCAGAUUCCUGUGAGACCCUUCAGACACAAUGAGUACGAGCGGUUCCUUACAGCUGCUUUUCCCUACUAUGGGGCAUCCUUUUCUAUGAUGGCAGGUUUCUUUAUUUUUUCUCUGGCGUACCUUUACAACAAGUAGAGGGGCUUAAUCUUAGUUUGUGCUGGGCAGGAAUAAUAAUAUCUUUGUUAACAAACAGCUUAAUCUUCAGUCAUUUAUAACAAUUUUUUACGACAAAAGUACUGGCACACUGUUAAUGUAGUUUUGAUGUCAACCUAUACUAUACUUCGAAGCGGGCUAAUCAAAAGUUCAUUUUUGUUGGGUUUUCUUAACCAGCAAAAUGAAGGAAUUUUUCAUUCGGGAAGUGUUACUUUCAUAAAAAUUCUUAUUGGCACAUCCA